UGGGUGUGUGUGCCCGUGCGCGUGGUGUCGUGUCGUGUCGUGUCCGCCCCCAACGUUGAACCAACAAGAGAAGAGACGACCGCCAGAUCAAACAUUCAUUCAUUCAUUCAUUCAUUCAUCAUCAAAGACCCCAACUUUUCCCCUCUCCACGGCCGCGCCUCCGUCCGUCGCCAUGGCCGGCCACGCCAAGCUCCUGUACAUUGUGGUGGUGGACGACAACGGGUCCUCCUCCUUCCGCUACACGCGAUCCCUCCUCCACAACACGCUCCAGCUCAUGGGAUGCAAGCCGAGGCACGCAUUCGAGAUUAGCCGGCGGGUGUUCGAUGUGGUCCGCGGCGACCCAGCGGAGAUGGAGAUGCUCAUGGCCAUGUCCGGCUCCGGCUCCGGCCAAGGAGGGGUGCAGCGUUACGAGCUCCCUGACGCUGCCACGAGCCCGCGGCAGUUCCAGUUCGAGCUGUACAAGCGGCGGACGACGGUGCUCAUCCCCAGGGACCUCUUCCUCCACCUCGUCUGCCAGGCCCUCGCCCUCUACAAGUACCUCGCCCCAAACCAGAGGAACCACCUCACCAUCGCAUCCAGGAUUCGAGAACGAAAGGAGUCCGUCACGGUUCUUCUAUGCGGAACCAGUGGUUGCGGCAAGUCCACCCUUUCUACUUUGCUGGGGAGCAGGUUAGGGAUCACCACUGUAGUUUCCACAGAUUCCAUUCGCCACAUGAUGCGGAGCUUUGUUGACGAGAAGGAAAACCCCCUUCUCUGGGCAUCCACUUAUCAUGCAGGUGAAUGCCUCGAUCCCCUAGCUGUUUCCGAAGCAAAAGCCAGGCGGAAAGCAAAGAAACGCUCGGGCGUCUCAAGCAACUCAGGUAUGGAUUAUGAGGGGAGUGGAGAGAAGCCAAUUGGGAAGAAACAAAUGGCCAUAGAAGGUUAUAAAGCACAGAGUGAGAUGGUCAUCGACAGUCUGGAUCGGCUUAUCACCGCGUGGGAAGAUCGCAAAGAAUCGGUCGUUGUUGAGGGUGUUCACUUGAGCCUUAAUUUUGUGAUGGGCUUAAUGAAGAAACAUCCAUCAAUAAUUCCUUUUAUGAUCUACAUAUCCAAUGAGGGCAAGCACACCGAGAGGUUUGCUGUACGUGCAAAGUACAUGACACUUGACCCAACCAAAAAUAAGUAUGUCAAAUACAUCAACAACAUUAGAACCAUCCAAGAGUACCUCUGUAGCCGAGCUGACAAAUACCUAGUUCCCAAGGUGAACAACACCAACGUUGACCGGAGCGUGGCUUCCAUCCACGCCACCGUCUUUAGCUGCCUCCGCAGGCGAGCUACCGGAGAGCACUUGUAUAACCCUGACACAAACACAGCAGCGGCUGUAAACGAAGAGUACAAAAACCAGUGCGUUGCAAACUCAAUGAGCUCCAAGGGGAUGUUCAAAUUAAUCCAACGCCUAGGGUCGUCAAGAAAACUCAUGGCCAUCGUUGAUGUGGAUGGAUCCGUUUCAAAGGCUUGGCCUGUUGAGUCAAGCGAUGGCGAUGGAAAAAGUGGUUCCCAAGGUGGCGGAGACCAGAAAUCUCUAGGAAACCCAAUAUACGGGCCUCUCAAUAUUAAUAGUAUUGGAAGGGCGGAGUCGGUGAAUCUCCAGUUUGGCUCCUUUGGAAUAAGUGCGUGGCCUACAGACACAGGCUGCACAAGUCAAGCUGGAAGUGUCGACGACUCAUGGAUCAACAAUGGCAAUGAAGGCAGCAGCAGCAGUCAUGUUGCAUCUUCAUCCUGCGGCUCCCCUAAGAAGGCUGAUGGACAUCAUAAAGAGAUUAAAGAGUCCGGAGCAGCAUCUGGCAGUGAUGACGACGACGACGAAGAAGCUGAUGCUCCACCUAAUUCAGGGAGUGAUGAGGACCUAAGUGAAGACGAUCACGAGGAAAACCAUGAUGAGAUGGAAGGGUCUGUCGACGAGGACUGCAACAGGUCUGAUGAGGAAUACGAUGACCUGGCCAUGCGGGACAGUAUGGAGAAUGGUUAUCUGAGCGAUGACGGCAUCAUGGUGCACACCGGCUUAAGCAAAUGCCUGAGCAACAGGUUUCCGGAUGGCAACCGCAGCACGCCGAGAAAACACCUAGAGUCUUUGCGGAGCCUGUCCAAGGUUGAUAUUACACAUGUUCCUGACACGGCGCGCUCUUGCGCUGCCGCUGCCCCUGGCGGCGGCAAGAGAAACACGGCUAGGAAGUGGAGGCGGUCCCUGAGCGACAAGAUGCGUUCGCGGCCGCGGAGCUGCCCGUCUCUCGCGGAGUCGGCGGCGAAGCCCAAGGGUUCUGCUAUUCCGGUGGUUCCCGAGUCCUGAGAGGUAGGCAAGGCCUAUAUGGCUGAUGUAAAGAUGAUAAUGAUAACAAUAAUAACCAUGGAAGGGAAGGUAGAGCAGGGCAUGGAAGAGCUGCUGCAUUGCAUGAAGGUAUAAUAUUGUUCUGGUAAAUCUGCAGAGGAGGUGGUAGGAAACAGGUUGCUACUGCUCAUGCUUGGUGUUGCUGUGACUGAAUGAAAAUAACACAAGAAUUUAACCGAUGAAGAAACUGAAGCUGUUAUAUUACAAGGAAAA